GAGGACAAGCUUCUGGGGAAGGUGGAGGGCGAUGGCGAGUGUUUUGUUGCCUGAAUGUGCAGAGUGGGAGGAGGAGUGAGAACGGGAGCGGAAAGCGGAGGAAGUUGUAUGAAUGGGCACCCGAGCCUUUCGUUGAAGGUCGAGAUCGAGCCGUCGUGGUCAUUGUGUCAAGAGAGAGACAAGAGUAAGAGGGUGGGGGCGGAAAGUUCUGCGGGGCAGGGCCCGGAUGGAGGUUGUUCCUUGACUUUAGCACAGCCUGCCUGCCUGCCCGCCCGAUGCUUCAGGAGAGAGCCAAGCGAGCACCUAGUCUAGCGGGACACUUCAUCUCUUGGCUGGAGCCGUCUUUCCUGAGUUCGCUCGCCACGUGCCGUCUCCCGUCUGCUUCCUCGGACAUCACGCGCGCCCUCUCUCGCAGUACUUGACAGACGGCCUUCUCUCAUUUCUCCGCAGCAGGGUAGGAGCUCCUCACCACCAGUUGUCGAUUGAUUUGGUGCAUGCAAUUCCCUUGCUCUUGCAUUUGAAAAUCUCUUCUCGCUUCACCUGAAAUUCUCGAUUCGUUUGCCAGCAUUCCGGUGCUCUGUGUACAAUUGGUUUGGCCUCGCGGAAGCAUUGCCGAAAAAAUUUCUGAAAGCGUUGCAUGCCUUGGACAAGAGCUUCUGAACUCCAUCCUUACAACCUUUGAGCACGUCAUGGCCACUGCAGAUUCGAAUUCACCGGCCAGCCCUCUUGACAGUCCAGGAGACGCUCUGCCAUUGUUGACUGUGAGUCCUAAGUCCGAGGAGAAUAGCACCGGUGGAACAAUGACGGCAGUCGUUGUUAGCAUCCUGAUUCCGGUUCUAGUCUCCUUGGCUCUGAGGAGGAGGGGCCAGAAAAAGAAGAGCGCUGCUGUGAUUGUUGACGUGGGUGGAGAGCCUGGAUAUGCAAUGCGCAAUCCCCGAUACCUCAGUUUGUUGGAGACUCCAUGGGAAGGAGCGAACACCAUAGCUGCCUUGUUUGAGGAUUCUUGUAAGAAUAAUCCGUCACAGCCUCUGCUUGGUACACGAGAACUCAUUCAACGAGAAACGAUUAAAAGUUCGGAUGGUAGGCCUUUUGAAAAGGUUACUUUGGGCAAAUACGUGUGGCAAAGUUACAGCCAAGUAUAUGAGAGAGUGGUCAACUUGUCCGCUGGACUUGUGGCUCUCGGCCUCAAGAAGGGUGAAAAGGUGGCCAUCUUCGCAGAGACCAGAGCUGAGUGGUUCAUCGGUCUCCAGGCAUGUUUGCGACGCAACGCCACCGUGGUCACCAUAUACGCGUCCCUGGGUGAUGAAGCGCUAUCGCACUCCUUCAAUGAGACGGAAGUUACGACAGUUAUCUGUGAUCGAAAGCAGUUGAAGAAGGUGCUGGAUAUGAGCGCCCAGCUCGAGACUGUGAAGCGCGUUGUCUUCAUGGAUGAUGAUGCUAUCAAGUCAGAACCAACCCUGUCUGGGGCCAGUAGCAGCUGGAUUGUAGAGCCCUUUGCAAAGGUUGAGAGCUUAGGAAAAGAAUCUCCUGUGGAACCAGACUUUCCAUCUCCAUCAGAUGUUGCAGUCAUCAUGUAUACUAGUGGAAGUACUGGUUUGCCCAAGGGUGUAAUGAUGACACACGGAAACAUUGUUGCCACUGUCGCGGGAGUUUCAACAGCAAUUCCGAACCUUACCCCGCACGAUAUCUAUCUCGCAUAUUUGCCUCUAGCUCAUGUACUUGAACUUGUAGCCGAGAUAACCUUCUGCGCUGGCGGAUCUUCCAUUGGUUAUGGGUCACCAAUGACUCUGACAGACACAUCAAACAAAAUCAAGAAGGGUACUAAGGGUGACACCUCAGAAUUGCAGCCUACUCUUAUGACUGCAGUUCCGGCAAUUUUGGACCGUGUGAGGGAUGGUGUUCGGAAGCAGGUGGACAACGCAGGUGGUCUGAAAAAGAAGAUGUUUGACCUGGCAUACAACAGGAGAUUGGCUGCUAUCGAAGGAAGCUGGUUUGGUGCUAUUGGUCCUGAGAAAACCCUGUGGGAUCAGGUUGUGUUCAAAAAAAUUCGUGCUGUUCUUGGAGGUCGGGUUAGAGGUGUGCUCUCUGGAGGUGCUCCUCUGUCUGGAGACACGCAGCGAUUUAUGAACGUUUGUUUUGGAGCACCCAUUGGACAGGGGUAUGGUCUUACAGAAACUUGUGCCGGUGGAACAUUCUCCGAGUGGACUGAUACUUCAGUGGGCCGUGUAGGACCACCUAUUCCUAGUGCCUACGUGAAGCUUGUAAACUGGGAUGAAGGAGGUUAUAAAACGACGGAUUCACCAAUGCCUAGAGGCGAAAUCGUGAUAGGUGGACCGACUGUCACGUUGGGUUACUUUAAAAAUCAAGCAAAGACGGAUGAGGUCUAUAAGGUGGACGAAAGAGGUAUUCGGUGGUUCUACACAGGAGAUAUUGGCCGUUUCCAUCCUGAUGGAUGUCUUGAAAUCAUCGAUAGGAAGAAGGAUAUCGUGAAACUGCAGCAUGGAGAAUAUGUUUCUCUCGGAAAGGUGGAGGCAGUGCUCAUGGGCGGUCACUACGUGGACAGCGGCAUGCUUCACGCUGAUCCGUUCCACUCGUACACCGUGGCUCUGAUAGUUCCCAAUCAAUCGGCUCUUGAGAAAUGGGCGAAGCAAUCCAACAUCUCGUUCGACAGUUUCGCAGAACUUUGCGAUAAAAAGGAAGCCGAGCAAGAAGUUCUUUCGGAUCUUGUGAAGGUGUGUAAACAGGGUAAACUGGAGAAAACUGAAAUACCAGCAAAGAUCAAGCUCUUGUCGGAACCGUGGACACCGGAAUCUGGCCUUGUGACUGCUGCAUUGAAAAUCAAACGGGAGAAUAUCAGGAAAACUUUCGCAGAGGAAUUAAAGAAACUGUACGUGUAAGAUACAGUAGUGCUGAAAUAGAUCAUAGAGUUGACAGAGGAAACCGUGUAGGAUUAGCUGUGACAGGUUUGUCAGGUAAAAAUUUUGGGUCUGAAAUCGUGCCGAUGUUGGGAGUGCAAUUGCACCACCUCCUGUAUUGAGCUACAUUCACUUUCCUAAGUGAGAUGAAUAUGAAAAGAAAGCAAGAUCACUGUCGGAUGUAGACAAUUUGAGCCUUAUUGUCUUAAACUGGUGUAUCAUAUCUGCAAGUGCAGAACGCGAGGUUAGAAGGAGAAAUGGACUCCACCUUCGUAGUAAUUUUGGGAACUUGUUUAAUGCUUUGCUUUUUAUUCCUAAUAAAACGGAGGUUUAGUUGUCUU